AGAAACUUAUAUUGAGUCACUGCCGAGUGCCGCCUCCACUCACUCUCCCUUUAUUACCUUUUAUUUUUUCUCUCUCUCUUGUUUUUAGUCUUCCAUAAUAAACGAGAAAGAAAAAGCAGAAAUAAACAAGUACCUGAAUAAUAAUGAAUAUCGGUGGGAGGAGCAAUAGACUGUAAGCGGCGUCUGAGUAUUUCGAGAUAAAAAUACCACCUUUGAAUCUCAACGGAAUUCCCAAUUUUCUUUUUUAAUAAAUGUGGAUUCCUAGCGACGACAUCGUUUUGAUCGAGAAAGGAAAAAAACCCGGUGACCCAUGGGUUAUUACCGUUAAUUGCCCGGAUAAAACUGGGCUUGGUUUGGAUAUUUGUCGCACCAUUCUUGAUUUUGGGCUUUAUAUAUCUAAAGGAGAUGUUUCAACGGAUGGAAAGUGGUGCUACAUAGUGCUCUGGGUAGUUCCUCAUUCUAGUACUCGUGCAGUUCGAUGGGAAAACCUAAAAGAACGGCUAGUCUCAGUAUGUCCGUCAUGCUCCUUGUCGUAUUAUUACGCUCCACCGCCACCAUGCAAGUCCUCUCCCAUCUACUUAUUGAAGUUCUGUUGCCUUGAUCGAAGAGGAUUGUUAUAUGAUGUUACCCACAUCCUCUGUGAGCUUGAGCUCUCUAUUGAGAGGGUAAAAGUGACAACAACUCCAGAUGGCAGGGUCCUGGACCUCUUCUUUAUCACCGACAACUUGAAGCUUCUUCACACAAAGGAGAGACAAGAAGAAACCUAUGAACAACUACGUCGUGUUUUAGGUGAUUCUUGUAUUAGUUGUGAACUGCAGUUAGCAGAUAAACACCACGAGGCUCGCCAAGGUACCUCAUCCAUCUCUCCUGCUGUUGCUGAAGAGCUCUUUGCAUCUGAGUAUUCGAAGAAGGAGUGUCAUAUGCAAGCACUUAGUGCAGAUUUAACACAAUUGAAGAAGGCUGUUGUCAAUGUUGAUAACUCAUUGAGUCCCAGUCAUACGCUGCUGCAGAUACAUUGUGUGGACCACAAAGGUCUUCUUUAUGAUAUCGUGAGAACACUGAAAGAUCAUGAUGUUAAGAUUUCAUAUGGCCGAAUCUCGGCCGUUACCAAAGGACAUCGAGACAUGGACCUAUUUGUCCAGCACAAGGAUGGAAAAAAGAUUGUGGAUUCUGAGCGAGAAUACUUGUUAUGCUCCUGUCUCAAGAUAGAAAUGCUUCACCCAUUACGUGUACUCAUAGCAAAUCGUGGACCUGACACUGAGCUAUUGGUGGCUAAUCCAGUUGAGUUAUCAGGACGGGGAAGACCUCGAGUUUUCUAUGAUGUAACUCUUGCUCUUAAGAAGCUUGGCAUUUGCAUAUUCUCGGCUGAGAUAGGCAGGUAUUCUGCCUCAGACCGGGAAUGGGAAGUAUAUCGUUUUCUUUUAGACGAGAAUUGUGAGUAUCAGCUGUUGACAACAGAUGCUAGAAAUCAGAUUGUAGACAAAGUCAGAAGAAUGCUAAUGGGUUGGUAAUCAGAUUUUUGGUUUUCGACCCUUUUCAGCUGCAGGCUGUAUUGUAUCAGCUUCUUGAGUUGAUUCUGAUGUAUAGUGUAUUGUAUUAGCUAAACGAUCAAUCUAUUAUCUUUCUGGAGUAGAGAAAUAGAAUCCACAUUCAGCGCAAGCUGUCUCGUCGCU